AUGACUUCGAAGAGACGCAACAACGGAAGAGCAAAGAAGGGAAGAGGACACGUCCAAAGCGUUCGUUGCACAAAUUGUGGUCGAUGUGUUGCAAAAGACAAAGCAAUCAAGAGAUACACAAUCAAAAAUAUUGUUGAGGCUGCUGCCGUCAGAGACAUUUCAGACAACUCCGCAAUUGUCAAAUACAAGUUACCAAAGACUUAUUUGAAAAAUCAGUAUUGUGUUGCGUGUGCUAUUCACGGUAGAAUUGUUAGAGUCAGAUCACACGAAGACAGAAAGAUCAGAACACCACCAAAGAGAAUCAUCAAGAGAUCAACUAAGACUACAACCGCAAAACCAACAGAAGCACCAGCUCAAGCUACCACUGCACCAGUCAUCGCUGUCGCUCCAAAAGUCGCUGUUGCACCUAAGGAAAGACCUUUCAAAUCCUUCCAGUAA